CCUUCCUCACUCCAAUCCCAAACCCUAAAAUCUCCUCUUUUAGGGCUAAUAUACAUAUAUAUAUAUACAUACAAUAUAUACAUAAAUAUUCUUAUAUGCGGUGAUCGGAGCUCUCAUAUAUCGGCGAUCUAAUUCAUGAUUUUCGAGUUGUUUCGCCGGAAAUUCGACUCCGCCGGUGUAAUUCCGCCCAUCAAUGGCGUCCACAGUGUUAUCUGGCCGUAAUGAAUCGAGUUGGGGCCAAUCCCUUUACUCUAAUAAUCUAAACCCUAACCCUAACCCUAACCCUAAAUCGAUCCCCAAGAAGAAGAAAUUACACGCACUUGGAGGAGGCAAGGUUACGGCGCCUGAAGAUGCGUACUCGUUCAACCAGAGAUCGAUGGAAUGGAACAGCGAUUCGAAUUUCAAUCGAGGCGAAUACGUUACCUUCAACAUCGGUUCGUACACGAGAAGCGAGCUGAUCGAGCUCAAGAAACGGUUGGUCGCUGAACGAGAACAGAUCUGGAAAUUGAACGAUCGCAUCGAUUCUGGGAAAAUCGGCCGCCAAUUUCCGGGAAAAUUCAAAAAGCUGUCGGGAAACAAGAGGCCGAUUCCGUUCGUUUCCGGAAAAGAUCCGAAGCGAUUGUGCGAAACAACGUCGGAUAAUGGAAUUGGAAUUGGAAAUGGAAAUGCGAGUGAAAUUGGUGAUUCGAUGAAGAUGUGCAGGCAGGUGUUGACCAAGUUGUUGAAGCACAAGCUCAGUUGGAUUUUUAACAAGCCUGUUGAUGCUGUUGCUAUGGGGCUUCAUGAUUAUCAUCAGAUAAUCAAGCGUCCUAUGGAUCUUGGGACGGUGAAAUCGAAUUUUGCAAAAAAUCUGUACGCUUUACCCGAAGAUUUUGCAGCGGAUGUGAGAUUAACCUUUAACAAUGCGAUGUUGUAUAAUCCGAAGGGCGAUGAGGUGCAUAAGAUGGCUGAGCAGCUUCUUGUUCGUUUCGAGGAGUUGUAUAGGCCAAUUCAGGAGAAGUAUGAGGGUGAUCAAAAGCAACGUGUUGUUCUAAGUGAUGAAUUACAGGGGAGCUCAUGGAGUCGCAUUCCAACCCCUGAGAGGACAAAAAAAUUGAAAUCAAAUUCAAUGCAGACUUCACGGAAGCAUGACAAGGUGCAAAGGCCUGAGAUUGCCACCAAAAAAUCGAAAUCAAAUUCAAUGCCAACUGCACAGAAACAAGAGAAGAUGCAAGUGCCCGUGAGUGCCACAAACCCAACAUCAUCAUCAAACCCGCAAUCGUUGCAAUCGCCAACUGUGCCGACUCCAUCACCGGUGCAAGGACCUCCUGUGAAGCCGGCAGUGGUGAGAGCGAACCCGGGGAAGCAACCAAAGCCGAAGGCGAAGGAUCCUAAUAAGAGGCAAAUGAGCAUGGAGGAGAAGCAUAGAUUGAGUGUUGGGUUGCAGAGUUUGCCCCAGGAAAAGAUGCCACAGUUAGUGCAGAUUAUGAAGAAGAGGAAUUCACAUUGGCCUCAAGAGGAGGAUGAAAUUGAGCUAGAUAUUGAGGCAAUUGAUCUGGAGACCCUUUGGGAGCUUGAUCGAUUUGUGACUAAUUGGAAGAAGAUGGUCAGCAAGAAUAAGAGGCAAGCACUCAUAGGGAACAACAAUUCAGCUGCAGCCACAGCCUCAGGCGAGGACAACGCGCUUUCUGUGAGUGAAAAAACUGACACUGUGAAGAAGCUGAAGAAAGGAGAGGGUGGAGAGGAAGAAGUGGACAUCGGUGAUGAGAUGCCAAUGAGCAGCUUCCCCCCUGUGGAGAUUGAGAAGGAUGAUGGUGGUCGUGAUAAUGGCCAUGCCUCCAGCAGUUCUAGCAGUUCCAGCAGCUCAGGCAGUGAUUCAUCUUCGUCAAGUGAUUCUGAUUCGGGGAGCUCUUCAGGGAGUGAUUCUGAUGCAGAUGACGCGCAGUCACGGGGCCUAAAAUCCAAGGAAUUGUCAAAGACUUGAGGAGGGGAGUUAUGGUAAAUUGUCCAAAAUUCUUUCCAUAGGAUGGUGUAUUUAAUGUUUGGUGGUGACUGAUGAGAUAUAAAUUUCUGUAAGCACUGGCCAUUCCUGAUUGUGCAUCGAAUAUUAAUGGCGCGAUUGAGCUGAACAAAUGUGCUGUCUUGCUGGCUGAUGCAGCCCCAUCAGCGUCAACAACACAGACUAGUAGUAUGCUUGAUUUGAUUCCCUCAACCUGGCUUCUCUCCCCGUUCUGCGUGAUGAUCUGUUUUUGGGAUUCAUUGGCAUAAGAUUGAAAACAAAGAAGAAAGAUUCUUCAGAGCAUGUUGAAGAUUUUGGGUGGCAUUUUACAGAAACAGCUCUCAUCUGUCUUUUGUUUUUUUUCUUUAUUUUCAUGAGAUGGUGUCAUGCUUUUCAGUGGACUCUCUGGCUCUUUCACAACUCUCUCUAUUGACAUUUCCUUUUUGGAUUUGGGAUAUUCUCUAUUAUUGUCCAAUCCAAUCAAUCUGAGUUUUGCAUUGAAUGAUUUGCUCGAAGUGAGGUGUUAACUGAUGAGAUGCGACCACCAAGACCCAUCAGCAGAAUCUCUCUACUUUACUUUUUUUUGUUUUUGAUGUUGUCCUCUUUGUUUGUUUGUGUAUAUGUAUGUAUACUCAUCAAAUCUAUACAAGAUAACCCAAAGGAUCUUCAUCCUUUUGCAUAAUCA